UUCGUCUUUGGAAACGCAGAGUGUGGCGUAUGACCUGGCACAAUUAUGCCACAGCAAAACCAGACCCAUGAAGUCGUCGCGUCUCUUAAACUGGAGCUGGUCGCUGCAAUCCGCGGAGCCUUCGAGGUGGCCGUGGAGCUCGCAGUUCGGGAGGUGACGGAGUUAGUCGGCCAGACAACAGACAAAUACCUGGAGGUGAUGCGUCGAGAGAAGGAAUCUCUCAGCCAAAGAAGGGAGCGAGCUAAAGGUUAUAUGGACAGAGGAAGAAGUGAGAGUCAGCACUACCUCAAGAACAACUGCAAGCCUAUAAAUGACUGCGGCUCCUCUGCUGCUGCCGGGCAGAGCACCGUGGAUCCCAACGGUGUCUCAACCAGACACUUGUAUCUAAGCAUGAAGGACGAGGUCGGUGCCUUGAAAGUGGAUGAGGAGCCUCAUGUGAUCAGUUCCGAUGAAGACACUGCGACUGGAUAUGUCGACGGAGAUGUAGUUGACUGCAACGACAGGACUGAGAUUGCUUCCCAAAAUAUAAGAAACAAAAAGAAGGCCCCUCCACACAUGGUUAAAGUGAAGCAUGAGAAAAUCAAAGAGGAAACCUGUCAAAUUAAAGUGGAGGAUUGUAGCCCGAAGAGGGAAUCUGAAGCAGAGUCAUCGCUGUCUAUAGUUUCAAAGGAGCGGCAGAAUGUUGUACCGCGGCAAACUGGAGAACUGGCUGCCGCGCGUCCUGUUCAAGUAGCGAUCGCCAAUGGCCAAAUGUUGCCCGUGGAGUCUGUCAUCACAAUUUCUGUACUACCAACGGCAGAGGUCCAUAUUCCUCAGAAUACGAUUAGCAAUAUUUAUAAUACAUUGGGUCAAACUAUAAAUCCAGCAAGUUUGACCCCGAGCAAAAGGACCAGCCCAUUCCGCUGCACCAUAUGCAACAGAGAGUUUAACUAUCUGAUGAACCUCAAGACCCAUCUUCGCAUCCACACAGGAGAGCGGCCGUACACUUGCCACAUCUGCUCCAGACGUUUCCGCCACUCAAACGCAUUAAGAAGACAUAUUCGGAUUCACACUGGAGAGAAGCCUUACAACUGUGGGUGGUGUGAGAAGUCCUUCAGACAUAUAGAAGGACUGAAGAUACAUCAGCGGUCCCAUAAGUAGGAAGGUAGUGCAAGCUCUUCAUUUUAUAGAUGUCCUGUACAGUCCAGGUUCUUGAUUUUAGUUAAUACGUUUCAUUAAAAUUAAGAUGACCCAUGCUGUCAUGUCUUUAACAAUUACUCUCUCUUUUCUACUUGUGUAAUAAAGGCCUUGUAAAAAUGUUUGCGGGCUUUAUUUUUCUGAAAAACAUACUUUGUGUUCACAUACACACAAAAAA